CUAGAUCUGGGGAGGGUGGAGGCAGAAGUCCUGUCUAUAAAAAUCUGCCCUGCCACAUUCUUUUCCCAUUAGGGUUUUGGUCGGAGCGAUGGAUCCAGCUGGGUUUGGCCAAGACAGGACCAGGCGAGGAUGGAUCAUGGGGAAUCUCUGCUCCCUCCUGGCCGCGGCACUGCUGGCGAUGAGCCUGGUGCAGGGUGAGUGUGGGAUGGAGUGGAGAUGGGAGACGGGGCCCUACCUCCUAUGGGGAGGGGAGAGAGAUACUGGCUUGGGGAGAAGGGAACUGAGCUAGUGAAUAACAGGAGGAUCCAACACCUUCACGCUUCAUAGACACCUCUUCCCAUCUAGCCCAUAUGUCUGCAUUCACUCCUGAGCCACCCCAUUCAGAUCAGCGGGGAUUGUUAACUCUGGAACCUACAGAUGGUGCUCCAGCAAGUCAGAAUCAGGCAGUCUCUGGCAAGCUGUUGGUCUCAGGGCGCAUCUUCAGUGGUCAAGAUGCCAAGGCCGGGGCCUGGCCCUGGCAGGUCAGCGUGCAGAUAAAUGGCUUCCACAUCUGCGGCGGUUCGCUCAUCUCCGAGAGCUGGGUGGUGUCAGCAGCUCAUUGCUUCGCUCAGUUUGGAGCCAAUGCAUUGUAUCGGGUACAGCUGGGUGAAAACCAGAUUUUUGGUCAGAGCCGCCUCCAUUCGUUCGCACUGGUGAAGCGGAUCAUCCUCCAUCCCAGUUAUAACAGUGUCACUCACCAGGCCGACAUUGCCCUGGUGGAGCUGAGGAAUCCGGUUGCAUUCACGGCCACCAUCAGCCCCGUGAGUCUCCUUGACGCCUCCGUCCCUGUGCCUGCUGGGGACACCUGCUGGGUGACUGGCUGGGGGAACACUUCCCCACAAAUGAAUUCUUCCCUAGCGGAGACGCUGCAGGAGCUGGAGGUGCUCACCAUAAACACCAUGGUCUGCAAUGAUCACAUUCGGGAAGCAUUACGAAAGCCUGAGGGCGACAACCCCAUCAAAGAGGACAUGAUGUGUGCCGGGCCCAAAGAAGGCUAUAAAGGCUUUGCUUGGGGUGAUGGCGGAGGACCCCUGGUGUGUAAGAAGGACGGGACCUGGUACCUUGCUGGGAUUGCGAGCUGGUUCGUAUCAAGGACAGUGAAUGGGGUAACCAGUGUUGUCCCCGGUUAUCCUGGGGUCUACAACUGCCUGAAUUCCCACAACGAUUGGAUCAAGGCGAACGUGCCUGAUGUGACUUUCACUUCAGACAAUGCUACUCCAACUGGGACUGGUCCCUCUGCCACCAUUCUCAGGGUCCUUCCCCUCACUGUGUUUCUGUGGCUGAUCCUGUCACCCAUCCCUUCGUCCCAGUUUGUGGGUUUUAUCCAGGUGCUGUACGCCUCCGCGGAGUGUUUGGUCUGGCUCAACAGGACCCUGACGGAACUGAUCAGCUUUGGGCAAGGGUGUUUCUUUUCUGACACGCAUCCUUCUCCACUGGAGAACUGGCAGGAUUUGGAGGACAGGGUGUCUGAGCAGCUGCAGAGGUGGACAGAACUGUUCCGGGGUCUUCCACGAGCCCUGUCUGAGCUGCUGGUCUUCUACCAGGACCUCCUCCAGACCUGGAAGCUGCUAUCAGCAACUAGGACCAUGGCAGCCACCGAGGGGGCGGAUCUCCUCAUAGACCCUCUGCUACACAACUCCCAGCUCGGUGUGCAGGUGGCGGAGUCCCUCUCGGUGCGCCAGAGCUUGGUCCUGGCAGGAGUCACCAGAAUCAGAGGCCUCUUGGACUACAACCUGGGAGCCUGGGGGGAUCCCCUGGUGCUUGCUCAGCGCAUGGUGAUCUCCACCCUUCGUAGUCCCUGGAGUGUUCUUCAGGAGACCUUUCACUUCUAUAAGGAGUUGGACGCCAUCCUUAGCAGUGACCCCACCUCCACCACCAAGAGCCCUGUAGAUCCUUCAGUGCAGCUGGAGGCACUGGACAGCGGACUUAACCCAGAGGAUGAAGUCAUGGACAAAGAGGUUGGGUUUGAGGACAACGUGGAGCACACAGCAGGGUUGUCUGGUGGUGCAGUGAAUCAGGAGCUACUUUCCACUCUGGAGUGGUCUAGCCAGUCCCAGCAGUCCAACUCUGGUGUGCAUGAUGUAGAAGAAGAGGGCUCAGAUUUUCUUGUAUUCAGCCCUGUAGUCAAUUCAGCGUAUUUGGUGCAGCUGGGUGAAAAACGGAUUUUCAAUCAGACCUACACCCAGAUGUUCUCAUCGGUGAAGCGGAUCAUCCUCCAUCCCAAUUACGACAGUAAAACUUCUUUUGCCGACAUCGCCCUGCUGGAGCUGGAGAAUCCAAUUGCAUUCACGGCUUCCAUCAGCCCCGUGUGUCUCCUUGAUGCUUCCAUCCGUGUGCCUGAUGGGAAGCCGUGCUGGGUGACGGGCUGGGGGAACAUUUCCCCACAAAUGAAUUCUUCCCUAGCAGAGAUGCUGCAGGAGCUGGAGGUGCUCACCGUAGACACCACGAUCUGCAACGAUCUCUUCCGGGAAGCAUUACAAAAUCCUGCGGGUGGCAACCCCAUCAAAGAGGACAUGAUAUGUGCCGGGCACAUGGAAGACUAUAAAGGGACGGCCCCGGGUGACUCCGGGGGACCCCUGGUGUGUGAACAGAAUGGGACCUGGUACCUUGCUGGGAUUGUGAGCUGGACACUGAUAGGAAAGGUGAACGAGGUACUCAGUAUUCUCCCUGGUUACCCUGGGGUCUACAACCGCCCGAAUGCCCACAAUGACUGGAUCCAAGAGAAUGUGCCUGGUGUGACUUUCAAAGUGGUGAACUUCCCUUCAGACAGUGCCCGUCCCUCUUCCAUCAUCUCCAGGGUCCUUCUCCUCACUGUGCUUCUGCAGCUAACCCUCUGACCACCCCACCAGACUGGGUCCUCAUCUCACACCUACCUUUCCUCACUCUUGGUGCAGAUAGACUGUGUCACACGACACUAGACACCCGGUAUUCACACCCUACACAGUAU